GUCUUGGGCGCACCAGACCAUAGAGGGGCCUGCAUUUCUCCCUUGUUCGUGCUGUAUCCGAGGCCUGCUUUGCAGGUCCGUCCCCCCCGCCCCGGCCUGGCGUGGAGCUUGAGGGCUUUCGCAGUGAGCCUCUGUAGUCCUUCCGUUUGCCCAAAGUAGCACUUCAGGCUGCUCCUCUUUGGCAUUCGUAGCUCUUUCCCCCGUCAGCCUCAAAGCUCUAGUAGGGCAUCGCCUGUCCUUAGAAUUCGAGUAAGCAAAGAAGGAAGAUGCUUUGGUGCUGACUGUGCUUAGUCCCGUUAAGUUGGUGUCACCAUAAGGUCAAGGAAAGGGAAUUGUUUAUCUCUUAAAUAAAGGAAGCUGCGUUGUGCCAGCUUCCUGGGAUGUCGUGGAGAUUGGAAUUGUUCCAGACAUGCUUGCUCUGGUGUUGCUCUGGGAGAACACCUUGAUGGAUGAUUAGUACCAUUCAGUGAUGGGCUGUGGGACUAGCAAAGUACUUCCUGAGCCUCCCAAGGAUGUUCAUUUGGAUCUCGUUAAAAAGGUGGAGCCAUAUACUGGUUAUAAAACUGACAUAUAUAAGCACUUCAUCAAGGGUGAUGGAGAUGCCAUCAAAUCUGCUAUCCCUUCUCCUCCUCGUCACACUAACCCACAUGUGGAACAGGCAGAGCCUCGCAAGAACAGAGUGGCAAAGUACCGUGCAAAAUUUGAUCCCAGAGUGACAGCCAAGUAUGAUAUCAAAGCCCUGAUUGGCCGAGGCAGCUUUAGUCGUGUAGUACGGGUGGAGCACAAGGCUACCAAGCAGCCGUAUGCAAUCAAGUUAAUAGAGACUAAGUACCGUGAAGGAAGGGAAGUGUGUGAGUCAGAGCUGUGUGUGUUGCGUCGUGUUCGGCACACCAAUAUCAUCCAGCUCAUUGAAGUGUUUGAGACUCAGGAGCGUGUCUACAUGGUGAUGGAAUUGGCCACUGGAGGGGAGUUGUUUGACCGAAUCAUUGCCAAAGGUUCCUUCACGGAAAGGGAUGCUACCCGAGUGCUGCAAAUGGUGUUGGAUGGGGUUAAAUACUUACAUACAUUGGGCAUAACUCACAGGGACUUAAAGCCAGAGAACUUGCUCUAUUACCACCCAGGCAUGGAUUCUAAAAUAAUGAUCACAGACUUUGGGCUGGCGAGUGCUCGAAAGAAGGGAGACGACUGCUUAAUGAAGACUACCUGUGGGACACCAGAGUAUAUUGCCCCAGAGAUCUUGGUCAGAAAGCCCUACACAAACUCAGUAGACAUGUGGGCACUGGGUGUGAUCUCAUACAUCCUACUAAGUGGGACGAUGCCUUUUGAAGAUGACAACCGCACCCGCUUGUAUCGGCAAAUUCUGAAAGGAAAGUACAGUUACUCAGGGGAGCCAUGGCCCAGCGUGUCCAAUCUUGCUAAGGAUUUCAUUGACCGUCUGCUCACAGUGGAUCCUAGUGACCGGAUGACAGCUCUUCAAGCCUUAAAGCACCCCUGGGUGGUCAGCAUGGCUGCCUCUUCUUCCAUGAAGAACCUGCACCGCUCCAUAUCUCAGAACCUCCUCAAGAGGGCAUCAUCUCGUUGCCAAAGCACCAAGUCAGCCCAGUCCACCCGCUCCAGCCGCUCCACUAAGUCCAAUAAGUCCCGGCGGGUACGGGAGCGGGAACUGCGAGAGCUGAACUUGCGCUACCAGCAGCAGUACAAUGGCUGACAACUCAGCAGGAGGCUGCCUGGCUUGUUCUUUGUUUGUCAUUGGGACAUGUUCUGCACUGUGUUCACUAAAGUGAGGGGGCCCCAAGCUCCAGCCCUCUUCUCUCAAAGCCCAACUUCCUAUGUCCAUCUUCCUGCCUUGGGAGAUGGAGCUUUAGGGAUGCUGCUGACCCUGAGAGCACAUCUCACCUGUGUAGGGUCAGGGGAUUAGAAAAUCCUGCUUCUUGGCCCAGCCCUGGAAAAAAAGUCUACAGUUAGUUGCCUGAAAUACUGGAGCCACGCAGAAGAGUCCUUCCCUAGCCAAUAAUCUUUGCUACUCCUAUUUAUUGACUCCCAAGUUUUAUCUAGCCAGCCUCUGUUGCUACAGGGUCUGGGAGGGGGUGAUUUAGGCCAGGGUAGCUAACAUGGUACCACCCAAACGUUGUACUACAGCUCGUCAUCCCUGUUGACUGGCCAUGCUGACUGGGGCUUAUGGGAGUUGGAGUCCAGCAAUAACUGAAAGGCACCACAUUGGCUAUUGCUGACUUAGGCUGUUGGUUAAAAUCAGGAUCAUGGAACCCCAUGGGUCCACAGGUGCAGAAGGAGAUUACUGAGUUCCUCUUCUGGCUGCAGCCUUUUGCACUGCAUCAUACAUUGCCCCAGAAGUUUUUGUGACAUCAGUUGGGGGUUUUCUGCACCCAAAAGAGAGGGUAGUGGAGCCUAUAAGUCCUAGUACAUGUAUGGAACACUGCACAGCUCUCUGAAUCUUGGGCUAUGCACUUUCACAGUUUCAGUUUUCACUUGGUUUUGCACUUAAAUGGCUGUUUUCCAUCCAUACAGCUGUGAAAUGGGGACCAAAUUCUCCUUUGAUACUUGUUGGAGGAAAUCAGAAUUAGUGCUGCUCCUCUCACUGUCCUGUGUGUUGAAGGCCGGAGAAAUGGUUGUGCCUUAACUACAGUACACUCAUUUUGUUGGCUGGGAAUGGCUUUUCCUCCCACUAUUUUGGAGCCUUAUCUUGCUCUCUGUUGUAUCUUUCCACUUAACGCUGGAAUGAAUUAUAGGAAACCCGGUCAUCAUUCUGACUCAA